UGGGCCUGUCACUGUCACUACCUUCACCAUCAACAAAUAAAUAAAAAUACAUUUCAAAUAUAUUCCACUUUUCACUAUAAAAAUUUCAACAAAUGUAACAUAUAAUAAACAUGUUAAAUAAGGUCUUUUUUGCACUACUUUUAGUUUACACAAGUUCCUAUAUAUUAGAGAGCAAUGCAGACAGACUCAAGGACCAAAUGUAUAUUAAAAUUAACGGAUCAGUUGCAUGUUACCGAAGGAUGAACUCUACACACCAAAUUGGUUGCUCUUCUAAUCGUGGUGGAUCAAUAGGAAUAAUCCAUUACUGUGAUACUAGUCAAGAUUUAGAUUUCAUUCUAAAAAAUGGCUCUGCAGGCCAAUAUAUUCCAGUAAUACCUACAUCGCUCUUCAGUUUAGAUGUAAUGACAGAGCUUAUUUCAAAUAAACACAAAAUCGCAGGGCUUAUUUUACAUCCCACGGAAAAACCAGAUAAAUUUUCACACGAUACUCAAUGUCCUAAUAGCCGUUAUAGUGUUGACGGUACUUGCUCAAGCAAAUCAAGCUGGAAUCCUUGGGGAACUGGACUACUUUUCGCUGACAUUCCUUUUCCCAUGUUUUUUACAGAAAACCAAGAACAAGUACAAAUAAUAAAACAAUGCUUCCAAAAUUUCAAUAAUUUCUCCUAUUCCACACAAGGAGAUAGAUCUUUAUGUUCAUUGGAAUUGAGCGCUUUCAUGUAUGCUACAACGAGCACUCCAACAUGUAGAAGAAGAAACAACAUUAUAACAAAUUUGAAUCCUGUAAAAUUAUGCGAUCCCUUGGGAGACAGUAAUGUUUGGGGAUCACUAUUUCCUUUGGUUGAACAACAAGAAGCUAACAAUCAAAAUGCUAAGCCAAUAAAUGAUUACAAAUACAUUGUAGUAGCUGCUCGUAUGGAUACAACAUCUUUGUUUGAGAAGACUUCUGGAGCUGAAAGCCCUAUUACUGGAGUCGUUACUUUGCUUAGCAUUGCCAAGCUGCUUAAGCAAAUGUUGCCUGAUAACGUAUCAGGGGUAAGAAAGAACGUUCUCUUCAUUUUGUUCAACGGAGAAACUUACGAUUACAUUGGCUCUCAAAGAUUGCUCUACGAUAUGGAACGUGGACAUUUCCCCACUGAUUUGCCUAUUAACAAUGACAUACUUCCCACGAUUUAUCCAGAAAAUAUAACUUUAUUCAUUGAACUAUCUCAAUUAGCCCCUGGCAGGGCUACCUAUGCUCAUUACAUAGCUAAUAGUGAACUGAUAAAUAAAUUCGUCCAAUCCCUUUCCGAAAACAACCCAUCCAAUUUACCAGUAAAUUCUGUUCCAAAUAGCUUACCACCAUCUUCCCUCCACACUUUUAUCAGAGGCAAUUCCUCGAUUAAAGGUCUAGUAUUGACCAAUCACGAAAAAGAAUAUAGAAAUCAUUAUUACAAUUCUUUGUACGAUAAUGCGUCCAAUAUAGAGUUUGUGUAUAUGAAUGGUAGCAAUAUACCUCACAAUAGCAUACAAAAAUAUGUUGGUGAUGUGGCAACGAUGGUUGCUAAAAGUAUUUAUCAGGAGUUGAUGGGGCAAAAUUAUACUGAUUUGGCCGUACUCAAUUUGACUUUGGUCGAUGAAAUGUUCCAUUGUUAUCUGGAAGAUCCUAAUUGUAAGCUGCAUAUGGCUGUACAGAAAGGGCGAUUGCCAAAGUCUCCUCUAAGCCUCUAUGUUGGAGUCAGUGUGGUGGAUAAUUUCUUCACUACUUUGGUGACUAGGACGUUGGCUUGGUUUACCGGUGACCCGGUUGCUCCUUCAGGUCCUAACUGUACUAAUUUGGUUGGGAAUCAUGUCUUUGUCUAUUAUAAUUUGUCUCACAGCCUAGACCGACUGGAUGACAUGUGGUGUUACAGAGCUACAGUGAAUAUGACUGAAGCUGUAAGCCCAGCUUUUAUUAUAGAAGAUUAUGAUUGGUCUUCAAAUAAAUACAGUUCCUGGUCCGAAUCAACCUGGAACGAUAUGGGAAUGCGCAUGUUCCUGACACCAUCCUCUGCUCACCAAAAAGUUACUAUAACAUUAGGAUCGAUAGUUAUGAUAUUUUCAUUUAUCAUAGUUUACUUUAUGAAAUCUAAAUCUCAUGUAUUGUUUAAUUUGCCUGUUAGGGAAGAUCCACCAGCGAAUUGUUAGGAAUAAUUUCCUCAUUAUUGAAGUUUCAAAGACAGGUUUUUUUGUAUUCAAAUUCAUUAUAGGUUUGUUCCAACUCUCACUGCAGUUGCUUUGUUGAUGUUGGAAGUGUUGGAACAGACUCCGUGUAAGCAAUUUUUUUAGAAUAAUUUUCUAUUUAAUUUUGAGACUGAAAUUGCUUAUAGGUAGUCAUAAAUUUGUUAUUCAAUUAGUUUUUUUACGUGCGUCCAUUGGUAAUUAUUAAAGUACAUAUUUGUUUGGCCACAAAGAGACAUUUAAAAAUUCUAUUAUAUAAGAAAAUAGUAUCAAAAUCUAAUAAAAAAAGUACAGAAUUCAGAUCAAUGGAGAAUUAAAUAAAUUAUUUAUUUAUGUUUACAAAAUCUAAAUGUCCAUAUCAAAAAAUCGAUAAAAUUAUUUAAAUAAAUUGCAUUUAACAAAAUUUAUAUACUUAUUAACACAUCCUUGAUACUUUUAAUUUAUUUGGGUAUCAUCUUAGAGGAAAGUUUUAUGAAAUAAUACAAUAAUCUUCUUGUAGGUAAUUUUAAUAUUUGUAUUGUGAUAAAAAAAAAAUUAUAAUAAUUACAAUUUUAUUAUUUUGUUUCAAUUAAUUUGUUUGGUAAUUCAUGCCAUCUUUGACAAUCCAAAAUCAAUUAAUCUCAACUAUUUGCAACAAUUGUCUGGUUCUUAUUGGAAACAAAUCAAUCUUCGAUGACCUAGUAUUUAUAUUUUUUAAAUUUCCUGUAUAUUUAUGCUUUUAAUUUAUUAAUACAACUUUGAUAAGAUUAUCUAUUUGGAUUUAUUUUUACCUAUUUGUAUUGGAUUUCUGAAGACAUUUAAGUGUACUCAGCAAAUUUUUGUACUGUAAGAAAAUACACAUUUAAAAAAAUCAAUCGUAUAAGUUUCAGACUCUAUUGUUUUCUGAGGUUUCCAAUUCCACAGAUCAUCAACAUCUUUAACAACAACUUAGAGGCCAUAGGAAAAAACUCGAAAAAAAAAUGUUCACUUUUAUCAAGGAAGAACUUUAUAACUAAUAGAGUCGUGUAUAAAUGGAAUGGGUUUUAGGAGAAUACAGUAUUGGCAUCAACGCCGUACUCUUUAGAACAGGCUGGAUAGCAAAUUAAAUGCAGUCCAUACUCAAAUUGUAGACUAUAUGUGAACGUUGACUGACUACCUGGGAAAUUUGCAAGUGAAAGAACUCUAAUAAAAAGAUAAUAAAGCAAUAAUAACAACGGUUUUCAACCGCUUCCUAUUGCUUUGAAUAAUAAUAUUUUUUCUUCACAAGGCUCCUCAAUUUUCUUUAUUUCAACAAAUUCAAGAGGAAUUGAAAAAAAAUUGGUAGACACAAAAUAUUUUGUUUCUAUCUUAGAGCAGGUGAAGCGCUGUCCUACCUACCUACCAAUCAAAAAGUAUGAAUCUGAAUAACCACGAAAAUAACCCUUGGGGACCUGGGACACAGAAAGUAAACCAAUAUUUUCAUGCUUAUGUAGAUACCUAUACAGUUUGGGUUCAAAAAUAUAAAUAAGGGACCAAUGGGAAUUGAAAAGGAAUAGUCCUUUAAUAAAACGAGAGCGGAGUUUUAUCAAGUGGUAACUAUAGAAUAGUAAUUAGAACUACAUUUUGAAGUACACUAUUUCUAUUUAAAAUCAUACAAAUUUAUUGGCACAAUUAUUAUUACAAUAAUCACAAAAUACUAGCUUCAUAUGAAUAAAAGCAUGUCAAAUAUUAUAGAAACUGUAAAAAUUAGACUGAGUAAAACAUAAAUCUAUAAAUAUGUACAUACUUAUUCAUAUUCAAUUAUGAAAAAAAGUUGAAAUUAUUUUCAUAAAAAUAGAAAUUAGCAGUUAAUAAAAUCUUCUCACUAAAAUAUACGAUAAAAUUUGAAUCUGUUUUACAUCAACAAAUCACAAUAAUUAUAAUGGAACACACUAUACUUAUUUUAUAAAUAUUUUAAAACUUACUAAAUACUGUUUAAUAAAUGCUAUUAUACAAUAAUUAGAAAAUGUCUAACAAAAUAAAAUGGAAUGCCGUACCUAAUAAUUAUACUCUAGUUAGGUAUAAAUAUUAAUUUUUCUGAAAUCCUUACUGACCAUUCAGCUUAUUAUUUAUGUGAAAGAAAUUUUUCACAGUUCAGUUGUCAUUUGAUUUGUAAGAGCCUGAACCCUCUUAGCGUUGCAACUUUUACACAAAACAUGCCCGUCCAAUGGAUAGCAACCUCUUCCCUCAGCUUCUGAAGACAAAACCAAACCACAAUCCUACAACAAGAGAUGAAAUAAUUGAUUUGUAUUAGCGAAAUCAAUGCUCUUACCUCGCAUUUGUAACACUGAAUAUGAAAACUAUGAUCCAGGGCAACAACGCGAACAGUUUCCUCUUCGCCCGCCUCAGGCAUGAUCGGUUGCUUACAAACCCAACAUCUCGGGGCAAACAUCCUAAAAUAAUUAUUAUAUAUAAUAUUAAAAACUAGGCAAUUUUUAUUGAAAUAUUACUUGUGGAAGUCCUCAAUACAAUGGACGCGAUUAGUAGCAUCCACAGUGAAGGGAAUACCAUCCAAACUUUUACCGCAAACAACGCAACAAAAACAUCCUGGAUGAUAGGGUUUGCCUGUAGCUCUGAGAAUUCUGUCCAAAAUUGGUUUUUGACAGACGCAACAUUUUUCUAAAGUGUUCUAGAAAACAAAUAUUAUUUGGUUGAAAUUAGGUUUGAAUUAA